AUGGCGACCGUCUUUUCCACGUCGGCUGUCGAUGCCCAAGUCGCAGCACUCCGUCAACAGAUCCAGGCCACCGAAGAACAACUAUCUCACCUCCGAGAACAAUUGGCUUAUGCCGAGGAAGCCCAACAUCGCGCCCAAGAUGCCGGCAAGCUCGAGACAGACUGGCAGCAAGAGAUCCUGGGCGCUUUGAACAACAACCAACACCUUCACCACCAGGACCAACAACCCAACCAGAGAUUCGGCCUCAGCAAUGCCGACUUCAAACGCUAUGGACGUCAACUCAUCAUGCCCCAGGUCGGCUUGCAAGGACAACUGCGACUGAAGGCUGCCCGAGUACUCAUAGUUGGCGCUGGAGGUCUGGGCUGUCCUGCUUCUGCAUACCUCGCUGGCGCAGGCGUCGGUACUUUGGGUCUAGUAGACGGCGACACUGUAGAAGAGUCAAACCUCCAUCGCCAAAUCGCUCAUUCCACCGAUCGCAUCAACAUGUUCAAGAUUGACAGUGCAAUUCAAUAUCUACGCGCCCUGAAUCCCAAUGUCAACUACAUCCCACACAGGGCACAUCUCACCCCCUCCACUGCACUGGAUAUCUUCGACAACUAUGACUUUGUACUUGACUGUACAGACCACCCAACCUCACGUUACCUCAUCUCGGAUGCCUGCGUCUUGUCAGGAAAGCCUCUUGUAUCAGCCUCUGCUCUACGCACCGAAGGCCAGUUGACUGUUUUGAACAACCCUCCGCGCGCUCCGGGUGCACCAGACGGUGGUCCUUGCUAUCGUUGCGUCUUCCCACGCCCUCCACCUGCUGAAUCUGUCGUCAGCUGUGGUGAAGGUGGUAUUCUGGGUCCUGUCGUUGGCGUCAUGGGUAUUCUCCAAGCCUUGGAGACUAUCAAACUGAUCACUUCACCACCCAAUGCUGCGGCGGCACCUCCAUCCCUUCUUCUUUUCUCUGCCUACAGCAUACCUCAAUUCAGGAAUGUUAAAUUACGCUCAAGACGUGUUGAUUGUGCUUCAUGCUCGGCAAAUCAUACCGUCACCAAAUCAAGUCUGACUUCUGGAUCCAUGGACUAUGUUGCCUUCUGCGGCGUCACCAAUCCUGUCGACAUACUUCCAGCUUCGUCACGCAUAAGUGCUGGUGAUCUGCUUUCAACUCUCGCAUCUACGUCACCACAUGAUGACGAAGCUCCGAUCGUCCUUGACGUUCGCGAUCAAACACAAUUUGAGCUGUGUAGUCUACCUAACAGCAUAAACUUACCAUACCAAGGACUGCAGACUCGACUCCGCGACGACACCCAAAUCCUUGAAGACCUCAAGGGGAGAGAUGUCCUAGUAGUCUGCAAACUCGGCAACGACUCCCAGCUUGCCGUGCAGAUGUUGGAAACGAUGAGUCCAGGCAGCAUGAAGAGCAUAAAAGACGUUCAAGGCGGCUUCCGCGCAUGGAGAAAUGAGGUGGACCCCGAUUGGCCUGACUAUUGA